ACUCCUUGUUUGGCUCUAGAAUUUCCCCAGUAGGAGGGGAGAGCGUAUAAAACUUCUGCGAGUCAGGACAGUCAGGCAGAACAACUGCUAACAAAGCUCACUGACACUGCUUCUGAACUACAAGUUUCAACAGCAGAUCUUAACUCAGUAAAAGAUGGACUUCAAAAUGAGCUACAUGGCUGAGGAAUGGAGCCUCAAGAUGCCAAAGGGACUGGACUUGGAGGUUUCACAUCAUCCAGUGACAAUGAAGAGUGCAGCCCACCUCAUCAUUGCCGUGAACGGGUUAAUGACCAGCACUUCAGAGCCAGUGCUGAGCACAGACUUCCAGGAUGAAAACCUGCUUUCCAUCAUGCUGGAGAGCACUGUGGAAGAGGACAAUAUAAUAUUGAGGACAGCUGGACCACCUCAGUUCACCAGCAGGGGUGAGACUGAGUGCACUGUCACUGACAGCCAAAAGAGGAGCUUGGUUCUUCUCCAAAGCAGCAUGGAGCUCCAUGCAGUGAUGCUGCAGGGAGGCAGUGGUGACCGCAAAGUGCACCUGAACAUGUCGACCUACGCGCACCCUACACCCAUCGCUGAGACCAGGCCUGUCGCUCUGGGCAUCAAAGGCACAAACCUCUAUCUGUCUUGUCACAAGGAUGACGACAAGCCAACCCUCCACCUGGAGGAGGUGACGGAUAAAAACAGUCUGUCAAGGAUAAGCGCUGAAAGCGACAUGGUGCGAUUUCUCUUCUACAAACGCGACACCGGGGUGAGCAUCAGCACUCUCAUGUCUGUCCGCUACCCCAACUGGUACAUCAGCACAGCGCAGGACGACGACCAGGUGGUGGAAGUGUGUCAGGAGACCGCCCCACGCUACAGAAGCUUCAACAUCCAGCUCCAGAGUUAAAACCCAUUAAAGAUUCCCAAGAUGACUUGUGGAGCUGUGUUUGCGCUCCAGUUUGACCUUCUUACUGUAUGUGCUAAGUACAUAAAUUGGAAUAAUUAAUGAUGUAAAGUUACAUCACAAGGUAGCAUCAUUGUGCUCUCUGAGCAUCUAGUGUAUUUAUUAAUCAAUAAUUUCACAUACUGUCGAUGCUUUUAUAUAUGUAUUUAUUCAUGUAUUUAUGCUAUUGCAAGAUGUUAAUUAUUUGUUUGUUUGUUUGUUUGUUUUUACAAACAAGUAUUUAAAUGAUCUAACAAUCUUAAAUAAAUUUUUAUUCCCAA